UCGUUCUUUUACAUUCGUCGUCGUCGUCGUGCUUUUCUUUUGCUACGUUUUACGCGUGAAAAAAGUGUGCUUGUACAUUCCCGGAAAAGUGAUUUAUUGGCCCUUUGCGGAUUCAAAUUCGGUUCCGGUUCCAAAUUGUGUUGGUGUUAUUCCUCCCGGUCACAAAGGCCGUUCUGUGUGAAUCACAAAAGCUGCAGUGAAAAAGUGCACUCUUCUCGCUUUGAUUUUUUUCCUGGUUGGGAGAUUAGCAAAAAGAUACAUUCGUUAACUAUGGCCAACUAUUACCCAAACCAUCACCGUGAGCGUCGCGGCGGAAGUGGUGGCGGUGGCCAAAAGUUCCACCAUCAACAGCAGCAGCAGCAGCGACAAAACAGUACGGGUCAACAUUACAAACGUUCCACUCCGUCGGAGUCGUCGGAACCGAAUGAUUCGGUUUGCGUAGUUUGCUUCAAGCCAAUCCACUACUAUGCCAUCGGGGAGUGUGAUCACCUGUGCUGCUUCGAGUGUUCCACCCGGAUCCGGGUGUUGUGCAGACAGAACGAUUGUCCCAUCUGUCGUCGGGAUCUGGCCAAGGUGAUCUUUUCGAAAACGCUAGCACCGUACAAGGAGCUGGAUGUCCGGAAUCGGUCCGGGUUGUACGAUAAAAAGUAUCGGAUCUGUUUCACCGACGGGGACGUACAGGUGGCCUUCUUCGAACUGCUGGACAACAGGUGCCCCAGAUGCGACGAGAAAAACUUCCCCAAGUUCGACAUGCUCCGCGAGCACGUCCGCAAGGCGCACGAACUGUUCUACUGCGACAUUUGUACGGAACAUUUGAAGAUCUUUUCGUCGGAACGACGGUGCUAUUCGAGGCAGGAUUUAGCCAUCCAUCGUCGAAUCGGUGACCCGGAUAACGUUGGCCAUCGGGGUCAUCCGUUGUGCGAGUACUGCGACAAGCGGUUCCUAGAUAAGGACGAAUUGUUCCGGCACCUGCGGAAGGAGCACUUCUUUUGCCACUUUUGCGAUGCCGACGGGACCAACUAUUUCUACGGGGACUAUGAUACACUGCGGGAUCAUUUUCGCCAGGAGCACUACCUCUGUGAGGAAGGUGAUUGUGAGCAGGAACAGUUUACGGCUGUCUUUCGAACGGAGAUUGAUUUACGAGCUCAUCGGGCAUCCGCUCAUGGGAAAAGUAUGAACAAAUUGGCGAAUAAGCAGACGCGAACGUUGGAGCUGGAAUUUACCUACGCUCCGAGAGGUGGUGCCGGUCCAGGGGCAGGACCCAUGGGAAGUGGUCCAGGAGGGGGUAGACAUCAUCACGGUCGAGGUGGUGGAGCUGGAGGAGGGGGAGGAGGAGGAGGAGGUGGUAAUGGGAACAAUCGUGGGCACUAUGAUAGUCAGAGAGAAUUUGAUGCACUCUUGAAUGAUUCGAUGACGACGCAGCAUCCUCCCAAGCGGAUAGAUGCAAGCAAUGAACAGGACUUUCCCUCGCUAGGAGGAACCGGUGCCAAUCCCGUGUUCCGACCUAACAAUGUUUCCAUACGACAGCGAGUGUUUGGUGUUGCCGGUUUGGCCAGGACGAAGGAGAACUUCCCCGCCCUCGGGUCGGAGGGUGGGGAAGGUUCAGGAUCGACCAGUAUCAAUGAGGGGUUUAGUAGUAAAAUCACCGCCAGCUCGCUGCUAAAACCUAGUCAGCCAAGCAACGGUAGUAGCAGUGGUAGAAACAACCAGCAGCAGACAGGUCAUGCUGGUGGAGGCUCCAAACCGAGUACCAGUAUGAUGAUUCACGUCUCCAAUCGACCACCGAGCGCGACAACAAAUGGGGGGAAGAAACCCAGUGCAGCGGACUUUCCGGCGUUACCAGGAACCACCAAGUCGGGCAUCAAGAAAUCCGACCUGUAUGCGGAUCUCGAAGGUAGCAACGGUAUGGUAAAUUUGAACGCUAUGUCAGCCAAGCAUCGGGGCAUGGUGGAUGAUUACGUGUCCAUUUCCAGCGUAGUGUCCAAGGUGGCAACGGUCGUUCCCCCGAAGGAUGGCAAAAAGAUAGCGCCAGCUCAAAAUGUGGUACCGAGCGUGAAUUCGGCGAAAGCCUUUCCCACACUGUCCGAAUCCGGUGGCAAACCGGGCGGUCCCGUUAAACCUGCUCAGUGGAUUGUCGCCAAUAAGGUGAACUCAUCUUCGUUCUCACUUGGUGGUGGCUCAGCGGCCGCUGCUGGAACAGGGAAUGUUUCAUCCAAAAAGAAACCAGCUCCGGCCCCCAAUCUGAAGGAGGAAGGCAACUUUGUGAAUUUGAAUGCUUUAACUGGAAAGAAGUCUGGCGGAGGAGGAGGGGAUAGUAGCGGAAACAAGGACAAAAACGACAGCAAUGCAAGUGUCAGCAGCAACGACAGAAAGAAUAACAACGAUCAAACUCAGCAGGGUGGUAAAAGCAAAGUUAAAGAGAAAGCAAAGCAUGGCCCAAACGGAGAUGCUCGUAAUCAGAAAGAAAACGACAACGGUCAGGCUGUGGAAAAUUUUCCUGCGCUCGGUAAUCGUCCGGUUACGGAUUUUGCUUUGGCAAAUCUUGGUGGCGAUGGAAGCGGCCCUAAACGGGGUCCUCCUGGAUUUGAAAAUGUCAGCGUGAAUAAUAAUAAUGCUGCGAGAAAGAUUCCGGCACCUCCGCCUGGUUUCAGUAAUGUGACUUUGAACUCGGUAGCGAGGAAUAUAAACAAUUUAACAUUCACUAGCUCGAGCGGUGAAAGCUAUAAUAUUCUUCCGGGAACGUACAGCUACGUUGCACCGUCAAAUGCAAGCAAGAGGAAUCAGACGCUCGUGACACACUUCCAGCGUGCCCUUAAGAAACCCGAUGCGUUAGCCGAAUUCCGUACUAUAUCGCAGAUGUUCCGCGACGGAUCCUACAAUCCGGCGCCGUAUUAUGAGCACUGUAAGGCUGCCUUAGGCGAACGAUUCGUCGAAAUAUUUCCGGAGCUGUUGGCUCUGUUGCCGAAUAUAACCAAACAGCAGGAACUGUACCUGGUCUACUGUCAGGAUCUCAAGAGCCAAUCGAAAGCUAGUGAUUCCUCCACUGGAGGAACCAAGGGAGCCAAAUCCGCUGCCGCCCAGCUGGAGGUGUGUCAGGUUUGCAAGCAGGUUCUGGUACGGGACGACCUGACGGAACACUUCCAGUCGCACUACAUGGAGAACAAUUUUCCCAAGCUGAGUACCAACGGAAAAUCGUCCGAGGAUGGUAAGGUGUCCUCUGCUUGGCGAAAAUAGCGUUAAACUGAUGUCGUGCAUAAUUGAUUCGCGCCUCACACACUGCAAGUUGAUGUGUAAUAUCAUGUAUACCUGCUAGUAUAUUGUUUUAUGGUGGUUCUUUUACUUGUAGAAAAAAGACCAGGGAACGAUCUGGACGUACAUGUUACUAUUUUUAUUUUAUUUGAAAGUUAACCAACUCAUACGGGACUAUUCAGUUAUUACGAGGCGUAUUAGCUGUUAGAAAAAAAUUGAGCUGAAUCUUUUUCCUAUUUUGAGAAGAGCAAGAACAUACAAAUCUAGUACUACCUUCAAUGUGUAAUUUAGUCGUAGCUUUUUUUUCUUUUCCUAUAUCGUUAGCAAUGCAGGGUAUAAAACGUUAAACUGUCGAUGAAAAUGUUCCCAACUUGUUACUGUGUCUCAUGUAAUUUCACUCAUUUUGUUUCCCCGUUGUGAAUGAGGGUAUCUACGGAAGAUGAAUAGUGUUACUUUUGGCAAUUUUGUAUAAAGAGAGCGUAGUAUGCGACUCGCUAAACUAUAGAGAUAGUAAAGCAAUCGACGAUGUGAAACGACAUCCGCUUGUACCUUCUCCUAAAACCAACCUAUUAUUCUUCUACAUGUAGUGUAAAUAUGUAAUACGAUUUCAGCUGCAAAUAAAGAAAAUACAAAUGCUAUCAAUAGAAAGAUAGAUCCGGCUGUAAACGCUUUGAUAACAGAAUGAUAA